AUGUCAUCAAAACAACGUGUUAAUUCAUCAUCAGAAAAAAUACUAUUAAAUGUAAAACGUAAAUCAAGUUAUCGUGAGUAUCAAACAAUUCUUGAUAAUUUACGUAUAACAUUUGAUAAAAAAUGGAAAGAAAAUAGAAAAAUAAAAAGUUAUAAAUUAGAUGAUUUUAUGAUAAUACGUACACUUGGAACUGGUGCAUUUGGUAGAGUUAUAUUAGUUAAACAUAAGCUAACAUCAUUUUACUAUGCAGUAAAAUGUCUUGAAAAAGAAAAACUCAUAAAAACAAAACAAAUUAAUCAUACAUUAACAGAAAAAAAAGUAUUACAAACAGUUGAUUAUCCAUUUUUAGUAUCAAUGAAUUAUUUAAUAAAAGAUAAUUCAUAUAUUUAUUUUGUUUUGCCAUUUAUAAAUGGUGGUGAAUUAUUUACUCAUUUACGUAAAAUGGGAAAAUUUAAAGAAAAUCAAUCAAUUUUUUAUGCAUCACAAGUUGCAUUGGCUAUUGAAUAUUUACAUAAUUGUCAUUUAGUAUAUCGUGAUUUAAAACCAGAAAAUAUAUUAAUUGAUAAUAAUGGAUAUUUAAAAUUAACUGAUUUUGGUUUUUGUAAAAAAAUUGAUAAUGGAAGAACAUAUACAAUUUGUGGUACACCAGAAUAUAUUGCACCAGAAAUAAUAUUAUCAAAAGGUUAUGGUAAAACAGUUGAUUGGUGGAGUUAUGGUGUAUUAAUAUAUGAAAUGAAUGCUGGUUAUGCACCAUUUUAUUCAUCAGAUCCAAUGAAAAUAUAUGAAAGAAUAACUGAUGGCAAGUAUAAAUGUCCAACAAGUUUUACAUUUAAUUUAAAAGAUAUUAUUAAAAAUUUAUUACAAAUUGAUUUAACUCGACGUUAUGGUAAUUUAAAAAAUGGUACAUUAGAUAUUAAAAAUCAUCAAUGGUUUUGUAAUAUUAAUUGGCAACAAAUUUAUGAACGUAAAUAUCAACCAGAUUAUAUACCAAACUGUAAAAAUGAUGGUGAUGAUAGUAAUUUUGAUCAUUAUGAUGAAGAACAGCUACAAAUUCAUUCAGUUGAUAAAUAUUCAAAAGAAUUUCAAGAUUUUUAA